UGCGGAAAACUAUUAUUGCCAGGACCACCCCUGAGCGGCAUUCGUUCCGCUAUUGGUCGAGGAGAAAAGAAAAAAGGGCAGAAAAAAGUUGUGCUUUUGAGCCCCUCGUUCUGCGUGGCAUGGCCACGAGGGAGGAGAGUCAUCUUCGGGCUGUGCACUCUUAUCACAUUUGAUGAAAAAUCAUAUAUCUGGCAUGAAAUGGUUUGGUGUUUGAUGGGAUUUGCAAUUUGCGCCAGGGCCACUUCCGCCCACGUUGCGAUCCUGUCUUUACGUCUUUUGGUUCGCUGUUUUACUUGUCUAGUUCUACUGUGCCGCAGCGCCAUGCAGGCCAUAAUGGCUGUACCGAUUUGUCGGGAAUAA